CUUUUUUUUUUUUUUUUUUUAAGAUCUGAAAAAUGUGCCACAUCUACAGACAUAAUUAUUCCAGUUUAGUUUGGAAACCACUGUUAAAUAUUCUUUUUGUUCUUCCAUCUUCUGCAGUUAAAUCCUUUUGGGGAGUGGGGUUACUGAAAAUCCCAGCAGUUUGUAGGUGAAAUAUUUAGUUCUUAGUUAUUUUAAGAUAUCCCACAAUACAAAUGCAUCAGCAAUAAAAACUAAUGUUAAAAAAAUAAUAAAAAUAUUUAGUUGUAAGGUUUCAACAUUCAAGUUUAUUUGUAAAAAACAAAUUUAUCUGACAGUAAAAAAAAAAACAACUUCAGUCACUACUUACUGCUUAUUCCAUUAAAUGAUGUGCGUGUAUGUAUAUACAGUAUAUGUUUGUAUCUACACAAAUAUAAAUAUGUUUGUGUGUGUGCAUACAUAUAUACAUCUGUAUAUGUAUGUACUAUAUAUAUCCUCAUAUAAACACAUCUAUCUGUAUAGUAAAUGACUGUUAUUUUGAACUCUCUGCAGUACCUUUUUGCCAAAUGGGGGCUUUAGAGAGUUUCGUUCAGGAGGUCAAGUUCAGCAACAGAGCAGGUUUGUAUAGUGUUUUUUAUCAAACCAAAAACUUGUCUUUAAUGGGAAUCAAUAGUAUGACUUUAUGUACUUUCACAGAUUACAUUCCUAUUAUUCAUAUUAAUAUUUUAAACAAAAAACGAAUCUGUUUUUUUAUAUAUUUAUUUUUAGAAGACUGGAAAUAAAGAGCUAAAACCUUUUCAUUCACCUGAGCUGAACCUGGACUCUCCUCCUCACUGCCCUCCCUGCACAUCCUAGACAAUAAACCAACUCUGCAGCAGCAGUGGAAAAGCUUAGAAGCUGGAAGUGGACAUUGGUUUCCAUUCUUCUCCUGUAACUGUUUACUUUGCGGUUCACGGACCGGGACUUUAGGACGGAGACUUUAUAAAUGAAGGGAGGUCAACAGCCCUUAAUAAAUACACCUCCUCCUGCGGCGACCAUGCAGGCUGGAGAACAGAGGUGAGCAAGAUGAACCCAAGACAAAGGCAGCUGCUGUGUUCCCUGCUGCUGUGCACCAUCCCUCAGGUGUGCUGCCAGCUGUGCACCAGGCCUUGUCAGUGUCCGUCCUCAGUGCCGCAGUGUCCUGCUGGUGUCCCCCUGAUGUUGGACAGCUGUGGCUGCUGUCAGGUGUGUUCCAGGCAGGAGAGCGAGGCCUGCACACAGUGGCUGCCCUGUGACACACAACGAGGACUGCAGUGUGACUACAGUGCCAGCUUCCCCGGUGGACCAGGACAGUGUGUAGGUCGGAACGAGCUGGGCUGUGAGAUAAACGGCCGCAGACUGGAGGAAGGACAUGUGUUCCAGCCCUCCUGUGCCCGGCUGUGCCGCUGCCUGGGGGGCGGACUUUCCUGUGUUUCCCUGUGUAGUGAUGAUCUGCACAAACCUGCUGAUCAGUGUCACAACCCUCAGCUGCUGCGACUGCCUGGACGCUGCUGUAAAGAGUGGGUGUGCGACGGCCUGGACAACAGGAUCUCCUCCAACCCAUCGGAGGAACAGACACGCCAGGAACGCAGGGGUGGCCUGGCCGGUCCGUUGUUUGGUCCCAUCUCCAACUGCAUAGAGUGGACCUCAGACUGGAGCCUCUGCUCUCACAGCUGUGGCCCAGGUGUCUCCACCCGCACCACCACCAGGAACCGUGGCUGUCGUCUGCAGACAGAGACCAGACUGUGUCAGAUCAGGCCAUGCCAGACCCUGCUGCCAGGGAUCCACAGAGUGGAACCGGGGUUGAGCGUCUGUGAUGGCAGCUUCACCUCCCCCGUGUCACUCACCCUGGAGCACCAGGGCUGCCGGAGCCUCCGAGCCUACCGCCCCAAGUUCUGUGCUCUCACCUGUCCAGAGAGAGGCUGCUGCAGCCCCUCCCACACCAGGACAGUUUGGCUGGUUUUCCGCUGCUCCCAAGGCAGACUGAUCCAGCAUCAGGUGAUGAUGAUUGAGUCCUGCUCCUGUACUAUCGCCACCUGCCGUCACAACCCGGCAACAGCAUCCAGAGGUGUUCGUCGCUGGUUAUGAGGUUGAUGAAGGCAGAGAGACGAGUGUAGCCUGCUGGGAAAAUAUUGAAGAUAAUUGUUUCUUACAUAGGAAUGCAGCUGUGCAGGAAGUGGAGAAGUGUUUAAAGGAAGUGAAAUGCAAUCAUUGCAUCUAACUCAAUGUGCACUUUUUGGAGUGUUUCCAACUGUGCAGGCAGCCAUUCUCUGCUCUAUGCAGACUUCGAAAAACUGCAUUUGUUGACAUUUUUAGUAUAGCUGAUGAAGUCCAGAGCAGGAGAAACUACGUAAAAAUAUGUUUGGGCCUGGGACACACCUGUCAACGAAUUUCAGCUACUGUUGGGUGGAAAUGGAGGAGGCAACUUCCUUGAUCAGGAGGGGGUCUGCAGCAGAUCCAGACUCAGAGUGUGCAACCUUCUGUUUCAACAUGGAGUCUGAGGGGUGAGUUUUAAAAACUGUCAUAAUAAUCAACCUUACACUUAACCUCCACAGACCCCUCUGUUGAAGUACUCUCCUGCACAGCUCCGUCUCCUCUUUAUACAUGCUCUUUAUACAUUUGAAUGAAACUACAAUAAAACAAAGUUAAAUCACAAACUUGACCCUUUGUCUGAUGAUAAAUCUAUGCACAAAUCGUGUGUUGACGAAUUUAACGUUCAGACAGAAACUGUAGUUUAGCUCAGCGGGACCAUGAGACGACUAUGACAACCAUGAUUAAUGUUGACAUUUUAAGUUGGUCAGUAAAAUAAUUGGCCUUUUCUCCUUGAUCUUUUACUUCCUACGGGAUCCGUGCCUGUCCUGGCUCU